AUGAGCCCUCGCGAUCCCUACAACAUCGACUCCCAACCCGGAUGGCGCGGCUACCGCAUACUUCGCCCCGGGCUGGGUAUGUACCACGACGUCAAACGGCGGUUGCCAUACUACUGGAGCGACAUCACCGAUGCGUGGACGUACAGAACGUUCGCGGGCACGGUCAGGAUAUAUUUCGUCAACGUACUUCCCGCCCUGGCAUUCAUCCUCGACAUGAAUCGCCGCACAGGCGGCUUCUACGGCGUCAAUGAGGCUCUCUUCUCCUCCGCGUUCGCCUGCAUGGUGUUCAGUCUGAUCGGGGCCCAGCCGUUGACGAUUGUGGGUAUCACGGGAUUGAUUUCGCUGUUUAAUUAUACGAUCUUUGAUAUUAUUAAGCGGUAUGAUACCAUAAAAGGUGUGGAGCUAUUGAUUGGGGAGUUCGAGAGCUACGGGCCGAGAGUUGGCUAUGCUGGCGUUGCAAUUGCGUUGCUCUUUUUCUUCACAGUUUAUGUUCUGGAGUUGGUACGGCAGGGUACAUGGUUCAAACCUUGGGUACGCAAUAUAUUGGGUGAUUAUGCAUAUCCUUUGGCAACAAUACUUUGGACUGGUUUUGCGCACUUCCCCGGCCAAAUGAAGGAAACGAAUGUCCCAAAAUUGCCACACACACGAGCCUUCUAUCCUACUGUGGAUAGGGACUGGCUCAUUGACUUUUGGAACCUUGACGUAAAAUGGGUCUUUGUUGCAUUGCCGAUCGGCUUUCUCAUGAUGUUACUGUUCUACUACGACCAUGCACCUGUGCAUACCGAUUCCAUGACAGAAUAUCGCAGCAAAUUGAAAGUCAUCAAGACCCAUGACGGCCAUGAGAUUUAUGAGCAGGAAACAAUUGCUGAGAGAGUCGUCGAGCAGCGAGUGUCACAUUUUCUCAUGGGUCUUGCCAUCAUUGGGACGAUGACUGGGCCUUUACUGGAUCUUUAUAACCUGAUACCGAGAGCACUUUUCGGGGGAGUUUUCUUUGUCGUCGGUUGGAGCGGUCUCGAAGGAAACGGCAUAAUGAAGAAAAUCCUUUAUCUCAUUCGCGAAGAGCGAUUUGUGCAGCCUGAUGAACCUUUGCGCCAAGUUCCAAACCAGAAGAUACUGCUUUAUUUGUUCUGGCAGAUAUUCGGUAUCACAGCGACUGUUGGCGUUUCGCAGACGAUUGCGGGCAUUGGGUUCCCAGUGCUCAUCAUCGCCUUGAUCCCACUGAGAUGGAAGAUCCUUCCGAAGAUGUUCAAGCCUGAAGAAUUGAGCAUCAUGGAUCAUCUUACAGCUGAUAGUGACAUCGUUCUUGCAAGUAUGGGUGGCAAGCCCACAAUGCCAGAAGACCGAAUCGAGCACGAUGAGGUCGAGCGUAAUACCCCGAAAAGUAGUGAUCGAGAUGGGAGUAAAGACGUGAGUAGCGAGAAGCUGUCGACCGCUGAGCGGGGUGAGGCGAGCGAGGGUUUGCGGGCAAGGGGUAAUGUCGUCAAAGAGCCCGAUGAAUAUCGAGGUUAUGGUAUGUAG